UCUUUACCACCAUCAUCUUAGGAGCUAUAUUCGGAAACGCACUCGUCAUCAUCUCAGUCCACCGACAUAGGAAACUACGCGUCUUGACCAACUACUACGUUGUUAGUUUAGCUGUUGCUGAUAUGCUCGUUGCUUUGUGCGCGAUGACCUUCAACGCCUCUUCAGAACUGACAGACGACUGGUUAUUUGGACCGUUAGUUUGCGAUAUCUACAACUCUUUGGAUGUGUACUUCUCAAGCGCUUCAAUCCUUCAUCUAUGCUGCAUCUCCGUGGACAGAUAUUAUGCCAUCGUAAGACCUCUAGAAUACCCUGUCACCAUGACUCAUAGAACCGUUUGCUUCAUGCUAGCCAACGUCUGGCUCUGGCCAGCCUUCAUCAGCUUCGUCCCAAUCUUCAUGGGCUGGUAUACCACCGAACAGCAUCGGCAAUACAGAAGAGCGAACCCAGACGUGUGCAUAUUCAAAGUCAAUAUGGUAUACGCGAUAGUAUCGUCAAGUGUCUCGUUCUGGAUUCCGAGUCUGGUCAUGAUAUCUAUGUACUGCAGGAUAUUUAGAGAAGCGAUACGGCAAAGAGAGGCACUGACUCGGACGUCUUCGAAUAUCCUCCUAAACUCAGUGCAUAUGAAGCAUACGUCACAUUCUGCGCAUCAUUCGCACUACCUCCAUCCUGAUAGAAGACCUUCAGAUAUUAGCCCGAAUUACAGUACCUUUACAGAAUGUCCUGAAGAGACGGAGUUUGGGGGAGAAGUAGUGAUGGCUUUGGGGGACAUUUGUCCGAGUAAAGAGGCAAGUCCAAGGAAGUCUGUGAACGUGAGCUGUGAUACUGCCAGUUCGGGGUACUGUUCUGGGGGGUCGAACAAGCGGUCUUCGAGUGGUCAUGCUCCGCCUCCAGGGUGGAGGCCUAGUUGUUCUUCGGCGGUGGCUACGAGGGACUUGGCGAAGGCUGCGACGGAGUUGAAUGCUCAAGGCGCGUCUCUGCGUGCGGCGGGAAAAUCUUGGCGCGCGGAGCAUAAGGCGGCGCGCACACUUGGCAUCAUAGUUGGCGCGUUUUUGCUGUGUUGGCUACCAUUUUUUCUUUGGUAUGUGACAACGAACCUCUGCGGCGAGCCUUGCGAGACGCCAUCUGUAGUAGUAGGCGUACUCUUCUGGAUCGGCUACUUCAACUCCGCUCUAAACCCGCUCAUCUACGCGUACUUCAACCGCGAUUUCCGGGACGCGUUUAAAAACACGCUCAUGUGCGCCCUGCCUUGCUGCUUCAGCUGUUGGAAAGACACCGGCACGGCGCAGUUCGUGUAGUAAAGACUUGCGAUUAGUCGCAUAAGUACUCGACUUGUCGCAGAAGUGAGGUUUGUGAUUUUGUAAGGAAUUGCUAUUUUAAUCUCGUUUAGUAAAAUUAGUAAUUAUAAUUAAAAUUUGGGAAUGAUAAGCUCGGAGGAAAUUAAAGUGUAAAAUUGUAAAAAAAGGUGGAAGGUAUAAAAAUUUUAGCAAUUUCAAAUGUGAUAGUUUUAAGGGUCAUAAUCCACGAUCACUGUAAAUAGUUGUAGAAGUCGUAAGUUAGAAUUAAAGUAAAUUGGCAAUAAUAUUGUUUCGAAUAAGUUACAUUUCAUUGAUGCUUUAAUGAACUGCCAAUCAUUCGUAAUACACGUUAGUAUUUUGUGUCUAUACAGGGUGUUGAUUUCAAUCCUCGCCAUAUUUAUUUAGGUGAUCUAUUAUGACUUACAUAGACGCAUUAUCCACAAA